GAUGACUGUAGGAAAAUCGAAUUUAAAGAUCAAAUGCACCAUAAAGCACUUAUUAACCACGUUAUCAGAAUUUACCAUAGGGUUGAUAUUGACGUUUGCGAAUUAAACUGCUUCCUGGAGCCAAACUGUCGGUCCUAUAAUUAUGGUGAAUCUGGUGAUGGUUUAUUUGUGUGCGAACUAAGUGACGUGCACCAUUCGCAAGGGUCAGAUGGAGAACUUGAGGCAAGAAUAGGCUUUAAAUACGUUGCAAUAAAUGAGGUAAAUCUUAUUUUAAGAAGUAAAAGUUGUUUAUUUUAACUACGGCUUCUACUUAACGUUGAUAGGCCAUUAGGGCAGUUGAAAAAUCCAGAGAGGAAAAGAAGAAUGCCACAGACUUCACUUCUUGGCUCAGCACAUAUCCUUAGAAAGGUGAUGGGAGACUAGGGUCUCGUGUCGAUUUUGUCGAUUUUUGAAUUAUAUGAAGGAAGAUCAUCGCAGUACUGUUAUAUACGCAACUUUUGCAGUUGCGAAGAGAAAGCCUGCAAACGGUGCGUAUAUCACUGCGAUGAUCUUCCUUCACAUAAUUCUUCACUCCGCAGUUCACAUAUAUCAUUUUAUUGCAAGUCUUCCCAAACCGAAUUAACGAAAACGAUCGAGAGCUCCGCAUGGUGGCGCACUGGUUUGUUGAAGAGAUGACCCGAGCAAGAAUCUCUCUCUGUUUGGGAUAAAUGGCCACAAGCGUAACGUUUUUAAUUGAAACCAAUGAUAAAAUUAACUAAUUAACAUCUCUUCAGGAGAGGUGGGGACAAAAAUCCGCCACAAAUUAGCAAAUACUUACGACAAACUAAAGAAGAUAAAGCUAUAAGAAGAUGUAGACGGUGGCAGGUCGGAGACUUGGGAGGUGGUAGGAAAAAUUUUCAACUAAGCGUCAAAGGGAUGUCACUAGUACAGGCUAAUGGUAAUAGUUGGAAGGGCCGCGCGAAACAUAUAACAAGUCUUUUAUACACUGCUGAUAAGAAACGGGAAAUACAUCGAAAUAAAAUGAGAUUAUGAUUCCAUCUUCUCAUAAUAAUGUUUGUUUUUCAUAUAUUCACAACUUCAUCGUCAUCUUUUCACGGGUUUAUAACGAACCAAUUCAAUGACCUGCUCCCAGUUGACUUGUUCGUUUAAUUGGUAGAGCGCUGCACCGGUAUCGCAGAGCUCGAAUCGAAUUCCGUACAAGCCUAAAUUUUUCUCAGGCUUUGUUUUUGCAACUGCAAAAGUCGUGUAUAUAACUGCAAACGUCCUUCAUAUAAUUGAUAAUGAUAAUAAUAAAAAUAAUGAUAAGGAUAAGGAUAAUCAUAAGGAUAAUAAUAAGGACAGUUUGCAAAUUGAAAGAUUAACUUAAAGUGGUGUAGAAAUAAAAGUGAAAAUAUGAAGGAGCAAUUUAUUUUUUAAGGAUUCCUGUCUAAGAGGCCCUUGUCCCAACAAUGCAACCUGUCAAACAGGGUACGGAGAUCAAGGAUUCAGAUGCAUCUGUCCUCGAGGUUAUUACGGAGAAAAAUGCAAUUUAGGUAUGUCGAUAAUGUAGUUCGUAUGUAAUAAAUUGUGCAUUUGAGGUGCCAAUGAAGGGGUUUAAGCUUCUUAUAGGUGAAAAUAACUGAUUAACCGAUCAAUUUAUAAUAUAUUGAUUCAUCCAGGGCUAAAAGCGAAGCUCCCAUUAGUAAAUUUAUAAUUAAGUUAAAUCAAACAAUAAACUGGCAAUCCAAAAAUCGGUUAACGUUACGGCACAUUCAUGUGACUUUUGAGGGAAAUGCUAAGUGAUUUUAGAGAAAGAUUUUAGAGUGAAACAAAUCUUACAUCGAGUUAGUAGUCUUAUAUGUACACCCAAACAUUAGCAAUCAUCGUCAAUCACAGUCAAGAGCCACAAUGGCUCUUGAUCACAGUAGAUUAUGCCUGGAAAAUGAUUCUUCCCAAACAAAAUAACCAAAUCACCCACCUAGACCACCACUGUUUUAUAACGGCUGGUUAUUAGACACUAUAGUCUUCGAUGGCAGCCAAUUUACACGUUGUAAGGUUACAUUUCUUUGUAUAAGGCCGAAUUUUUUUAACUCGACAAGUUUACAUUACAAAACCUUGCCAACAAAUCUCGUGUAAAGCAGCUAGAACUAAUUUGCGUACGAAAAUUUACGAAAUAGCUUUUUGGUGAGUAUUUCUCAGUAUGUAUAUAAUAAAAAUAUAUAAUACCUCAUUUCCUCCAUUCCACUUAAAUAAACAAACACUAUAAAAUGAGGUGAAGGCCUGUGUGGAAAAUUUGAUCCAAAUCAUAGUACCUCGAGUUAGCGUCUUAAAAUAAUUGCAAAGAAGGUGUUAAUUAGACCACAAGUCCAGUGCGCAACAUGAUCAGAGUGCAAGGUCCUUGGCCGUUUCUUAACAUGGUUUGAUCUCCUGUUGCAGAUAUCAAGGAAUGUUUAGAUGGCAGCCAUAACUGUUCAGCAAAUUUAUCAUGUGUCGAUGUUCCUGGCUCAUUUCAAUGCAAUUGUCCGAUUGGAUACACGGGAGACGGUUUCAAUUGCUCUGGUAGGUAAUUUAACUUCACUUUACAUGAGAUAAAUAGAUUAAAAAAUAAUUCAGGUCAAUAGAUAAAUUGAUAAAUUAGUAUACAACAAUAAUAUGAUUAACUUGGACAGAUAUCAAGGAAUGCAUGGAUGGUAGCCAUAGGUGUUCUAGAUUUGCCUCAUGUAUUGAUGUUCCAGGCUCAUUUCAGUGUACUUGUCUGAGCGGAUACACCGGCGAUGGCGUAAGCUGCAUAAAAAGUAAGUCAAAUAUUGAAUUACGCUGAGUAUCAUUUGAAUAAUUGUGGAGAUCGAAGAGAGUGUUAUCCACUGAGGCCGUUGGGAGAGGCGGAUGAUACUCUCCUAGAUGCUUACCUCCAAAAACAUGCUUACUAGUUCCAUCGAUGUUAAGUUUAUCUUCGAUAGUGCAUAAUUAUCGGCACGUUUAAGAGGUAAAUAGUUGUUCAGUUCUGAAAUAACAGAUGUGUCGUCCGUUGAGUUGACUUCUUGCUGUUCCUGCUAUGUUUCUUAGCGAAUAGCUCGCCUAUUUCUUUCGAUUCUCGUGAAACGAGUGACAUGCUCCGUCAUGUUGCACUCACUGCUAAAACAACUCAUGCUCGUCCCAAGGUCUUUUCUUUUAAUUAUUCAAUAAUCUGGCAAUUUUGCUGCACACUUGACGCCACUUUUCACACAUCGCAAAAUUCUUUUAAAUUUGGUCGACAAUAGCUGGUUAUGAUGAAUUAUGCUUGGGACUUUAGCCAAUCAGAAAUGAAUAAUAAUUUCAUUAUAAUUGGAUUAACCGACAAUCUAUGUCUAUUUAUUGGACAUAGAUGUGAUGUGAUGUGACAGAUGAUGUAAGUCAGUUGUGAAAAAUUAUCGUUAAUACACUAACGUGAUUUGUCUUUUGUUUUGUUUGAAAUCUUUAAGUCCGAGUUAGACAGUACAGUUUUUGUUUACGACUAUCGUGCGCGACUAUGGCAUACGUCACGACACAUGAGGAUGUAGUAAAUGAAAAGUGUGGGCGUUUGGAUGGUCGAAAGUCAUGACGUAUGCUAGUCGUGCACGAUAGUCGUAAGGAAAAACCUUGCCGCCUGAAUCGACCUUAACAACACAUUCAAAGAAAUUGGCCAUGAAGAUUUGAUCCCAUACAAAAAUAUCUACAUGGCUGCGAGCAUUGAUAAUUUAUUUCGACGAGAAGUCCGAAGCGUUUAUUGACCGACCGAUUAACAUCUUACCAGCUUUACCUUGGUUCAUCAGUUACUAAAUAAAUAAAUAAAUAUUCGAAUCUGGGCCACAUUGGUGCCAUUCAUUUCUCCCCAGAUGCUUUACUUACUAAAAUACAUUACCUUUAUCAGUUCUAAGCAAAUGCUAACCUAUCUGUUAACUUAAUGAAGUGCUUUUAAAAAUUAACCUGUGUGGCAGGUGUUAAAGAAGUAGAGAAAUGAAAAUGAAGGCGUGUGAGAACACAAUGGUUACGCGAGGAAGAAGGAAUUAGAAGGGAACUUCUGCAAAGGACACUCUUGAAAUCUUGCAAUCGAACACGUGUUUUUGACAGAGGACGCUCAGAGGCGACGACCUAAGACACUCAAGACUGCGUUCUCAGGCUAAAAUUGUAAGGAAAAUAAGCUGAUUGGCCCUUAAUCGGCGUGUCAAUCACAAAUAUUACUUUGAAUAUCGACAGUUCUCAAAUACACUGUAGCACCAUGACGGGGACCAAAUCGAAAGACACAGUAAGCCAAAAAAGAUUGGAAAUAAUGGACUUUGAGCUAUUGCACAGCAUCUAAUUUGCUUUAACAAGCCUUAACGUGAUGACAAGGAAAUAUUAAACAACUUUGUACGUACAACGUCAGUCACUGUCACCCGGACGAUCAAACUCAACCUACUUUAGAAUUAACCUCCAUUAAUAGUGUCGUUUGCGUUGCUGCUACAGAGAAAUUGGCCAGAAAGGGCUAAAAGCGAAGCCUUCGUUUCUAUACUUUUGAUAAAAGCAAUCAAAUUUAAACUAAUAGCAUGAACUGUAAGCCAAAAAAAAGGCAAAUAAAUAAACAAAUGAAUAUAAAAUAAGGAGCCUUCAGCAUCAGUUCACCUUUAGAGGGAGGGGCUAAAUGAUUGAGAAAAAAAAAACCCGCAAACAAACCUGAAUUGAGAAAAAUUAUUAAAUUGCAUGUCUCUUUUAACUAGCAACAUUUUACAGGUUACGAUUUCUAGAGUCAGCAUUUCUGUCUUAAAGUGAAGACCUAAAAGAAAAAUUCGGCCCUUAUGUUCCCGUAAGCUCAUUAUAUUUUAUUUUCUUCUUCUUCUUCUUCUUCUUCUUCUUCUUCUUGUUCUUGUUCUCGUUCUCGUUCUCGUUCUCGUUCUUGUUCUUCUUUGUUUUGAUUAGGCUCGGACGAACAAUUAUCAAUGUGUAGCCUUUACAUUUAUACAGCCUUACAAUAUCCGAUAGAAAGUUUUACCCGCAAGGUGUAUAUUUCUUUGAGGGCAGACAUAUAAAAAGAAAUCAAUCGAUAACCUUUUUCGGUACUCAUAACUACCCUAUAAUUCAAUCUCUAACCUACUGAAACUGUGCGGUUUGUGUUCAGGUGUAAACUUUCAAAAAAGUCCUUCUGCAGAUUUCAUAUGGUGAGCGACUUCGUCGCUCGCGGUCGGCCGCUUCGCGGCCAAACAAGGCUCGCUCCGCUCGCCAAGAGGUCGACUUGUAGCAAGUCUAGUUCAGGUGUUGUGAAGUGCAUUGCUGAGAAAUGUACGAUAGACAUAGUUAAUUUCACUACAAAUUAUAGAUGCUAAUGAUACAGCAACUUACGACUUUUUUUAAAUAAAAAUAAUAACGACAAACUCGGGCUCGAAAAUCCAACGAGUCUGUCUUUAGAAUAGAGGAGAACUCUUUCAUAUUUUAGACAAGGUCACUUUUUCAGCGGGACUAUAAGGCCGUAAACAAACAACUGAAAACAAACUUCAAUCAUAUGCGGUUUUAGCUCUAUUCAGGGCAGAAGUUAUGGAAAAAGAGCAGCACACUGCAAAAUUCUUGAAUGGCAAGUGAUGAAUACGAAAAAGAAUAGCAGUUCAAUGGAACUUGUACAAACAACUCUUAAGUUUUAAUUGUGAAGUGUUUCUAAAAAUCUUACGAUCCAUAGUCUCACGAUCGUGUUUUGAGCUAAUGUUAUGAAUGAACAAUUACAGAUAAUUAAACUUAAUUUCUUGAAAAUUUUUAUUCAAAAACCUAUCCGUUAAUCCUAAAACGCAAUUCUCGUAUAACACUAACUGGAUCCUGGAUCCGUUCACGCAAGUUAAAUAGGCUGAGGCAAAAAAACAAUUUCAAAUGUACAUUUUGUGGUUUUUCUUCCUCGCUGAUGUCAAAAUGUAUAGAAAUCUUAUCGGGCAUGAACCUUUCAUAAGUAAACAAAUUCCCUUUUUAAAAACGUACUUCCCUUGACCAUAGAAUACAGAAUGAACCUCCAGUUUCUUCAGAAAACUCACUGCGUCGGUUAGUUCAAAACACGCCAAGCGCUCUGAUCCGCCGUGAAAAAAACAAGGUUGAAUAGACCUUGUCACGGUUUUAGACGCCAUUUUGACGUGUAGGCAAACGUGUGAGAAAUUACAGUGUUUGUAUGAGAAUCUAAUGUCGAAUAAUUCCCGUGAAACGGCUGUCCUUUCCCAGUCUCAUGGACAAGCAUCCAUAGACCUGCUGUGUGAAUACAUCACAUCGCACAAAAAUCUUUGAAAAACGAGCAUGGAAUCGCUUCGAAUAGAUUUAACUUCCAUCCGAGGCUCCGACCACUCACAAGAAAGCUGUGAACCCAGCCUCGAUAAAAGCACGACCUGUUACGCACGAUGAAGGCUUCAUUGAAAGCAUGAUCUUAGGCUUGACAUACACAAGAUAAAGACACGGUUUUUACACCAUCAAUGGAAUUUAAACUCAUCGUUCCUUAUAACUACAGUCUUUUUUAACUUAUUGUACUUAUCUCAUUCUCAUUCUCAUGCUCGUUCGCAUUCCCACUCCCAUUUUUAUUCUCAUUCUCACGACAAUUAAUUCAUAACUAACUUGACCGUUUUUAAUCUUAAUCUUCAGUUUGCGACUCAGAUUGGAACAGACACGGAGAAAAGUGCUACAAAUUAUUCACAUCAGUCAAAAAUUGGAACGAGGCCAAAGCUACCUGUGACAAUCAUGGCGCCAGUCUGGUGAAGAUUGAAUCUCAUGACGAAAAUAAUUUCAUUUCAGCUACAUAUCUAACAGCCCAAGUGGAUUACUGGAUUGGACUGUCUGAUGCCGAUCAUGAAGGUGUAUGGACAUGGGUUGACGGAACUGGAUUGACUAGUUAUAACAACUGGAGAAGUGACCAACCAAAUGAUGCCGGUGGGCAGGACUGCGCAGGAAUACGAAUGGGAAUUCAUCAUAACAAGGAGUAUGACGCAGAGUGGCACGAUAACUCAUGCCAGAACACGAAAGGAUUUAUUUGCGAAAAGUGA